AUGCGCAAAGAAUACAAAAAAUUAAGCGAAGAAGAGAUCUAUGAGAUCAUCAGACUCAAAGGUAAUGGCGUCUCAGCAGCGGAGAUUGCUCAGCAAAUGAAUUGCUCUGAAAGACAAAUUCAUAGAAUUUUGAAGAAGAAUUCUAAUGGAGAACUCCUAGUACAUCAAAAGAAAGAAGUCGAUAUCUCACAGAAAUUAGAUGGCUGCGUUUUACAGGAACAUCAUUUGGCUUGGAUUCAAGAAGAAUUUGAAGUAGAACCCGGAAUUUCUUUGGAAAGCAUAACAGAAAGAUUAAACGAGGAAUUUGGAAUUCACGUUUCUACAUCAACAAUUUGGAGAAACCAAAAGAAUAACUCAAUCCAAAAAAUCAUUAAUCAAUUAAAGCAAGCAGAAAAUAAAAAUGCUAUGGAAGGCAUGCCAUUACUUAUACCUCAGUAA